AUGUCUGGUAGCGUGAAUGUAUGUGCUAAAGUGCAGGUGGUCAGCCCAGUUGAUAUCGGACUUCAUGCUCCGAUACCAUAUGCCCGACAGUAAGGGAGUGAACAGCUCAUGGCUGGGGUGUGUGGGGUCCUUGAUGAUGCUGUGGGCUUUCGUUUGAGAAACGUUAGAUGUCCUGGAUGGCUAACAUUUCAUCAUUUUGUUUCACCCACGCUCUGGGAAUAAGGGCUGAUGCGUUUACCUGAUGGCUGGAUUAAUACAUGUGUAUCACCCGUCGUGGUUAACUUGACCACUGUUUCUUCAUCAUGAUAAAGCUUAUUAGCUACUUUUUAUAUUAAUAGUAUUUUAGGUGCUUGGGAAAGUUAAGUGAUUUCAACAGCGCCAUAGCUCGAGCAUUGUGGUCAGUCACAGGACUUUUCUCUCACAGAGAAAACACGUACUGAGCUUGCGUACAAACUAGCGCGAGACAUCGGACUGUGGCUAGCUAACUACGAAGUUUUCGGACUAAUCGCAGAAAUCACAACCUUUCUUUCCCUCAAAAGGUAAAACUAUAAUGUAUAGCAAUAUUACAAAUAUCUAGCCUAUUUUGGUGUUAUUUUUUUAUCUCGUAAAAUGAAUGAAGAGGCGACAAUGCGUACGCAAACGUUUGCUAGCUACAAUCUUGUUAAGACGUGACUAGCUAACAUUAGCUAGCUAGCUUACUUGUUCACGAAAAAAAAACGCCCAAAAUGUGAACAAUGAGCAGUAACGGCAUUUUUGAUGUUAAGGCAUUGUGUUUUUAAAAAGUGCAAAUAUGUUACCAUAUCGCAGUUACUAACCGGUUUCACCGCUAUCGCAUAGAUAACAUCCUAGUUAGCUAUAGCUAGUUAACUAACAAGUACAUUUUUGGGGUACGGGUAAGUUAACGUGAACUAAUGUAGCUAGCUAGCAGUCUAGCCCGUAAACCGAGCUAAAUCAAGAGAGCACUGACUGCUGUCUGACGAUGAUACUCGGGUUGCGUCUGUCUUCUUGGCAUGACAGGCUGAUGACUGGUCAACAAAGGGAUUGCGCUUGACUCUCAGACAGCUGUGCAAGUAAUUUAUAGGGUGCAAGAAGAACUAGUAGUAUCCCUACUAGGAGGACUGAAGGCAGAGACCAGAGUGAAAGAAGCAGACCAGAGAGAUAAGAGGCAUUGUGGAAGAUGUCUGCCUCACACUUCUUCAAUGAGGACAGUGUCACGCGGUUCAAAAAGAGAAAAGCUCGCUUUACCUUCAGUGAGGUCCACAUCCUCCUGGAUGAAGUGAAGAAGAAUCGGCACAUCGUUGUCGGGAAGUUUAACCGCGGUGUACCAACGGAUGUGAAGAAGCGCGUGUGGGCGGAGAUCACGGCCAGUGUGAAUGAGAUCGGGGAGAGCCAGCGUGAGGUCAUCGAGAUCAUCAAGAAGUGGUCCGACCUCAAGUGCGACACCAAGCGCAAGGUUGCCGCCAUGCGGUCGGGGGCCAACUUCAAGGGGAUCAACUCGCGGCUGUCCCGCGACCUCAGCCCCACAGAGAACAUUGUGCAUCAGAUCUUGGAGCUGGAUGGGAAGCGAAGCCGGGUGCCAGGUCUCCAUUAUGGGGCUUUCAAGGAGGGAGAUGAUGAUGAAGGACCAGAGGAGGAGGACGAGGAAGAGGACAUGGCGGGGAUACACAGUUACCCCAAUGAAGGAAUAGAUGUCUCAAUGCCACCACCCUCCACGCUUUCCUCGGCCAUGCCCAUGUCCUUUUCCAUGGGGAUGCCCAUGCCGGGCCCUGGCCACACACCCAUACCCCCGGUUCAACCCAAAGAUGACCAUUCUAUGCCAACCUACAGUGGCUCGUCCAGAGAUUCGUCACAUCCCUCUUAUGAAAUGCAGUAUGAGAUACCCACUGCUGAAGACACUGAGAACCAGUUUGGGCAGACAGACGACGAGCGUCAGGACGAGCUGCCCCCUUCCACCUCACAGACGUCCAGCCUCACAGAGGACAACCAGGGGAGCGGCGGUGGCCCACACCCCUCCACAGGCACCCAGCCCUCACCCUCAUCGUUUUCCGCCGCACCACCUACAGCAGGCCAGCCACCUCGGAACGCCAGGGAUAGCAUGUUGCAGAGUGCCUCGCUGAGCAUUCAGGAGCAGCACGCCACCAACACCGCGCUAGAGACGGUGUCGCGCUCCCUGGAACUGCUGUCCGAGUCGGUGCAGCAGCUGGCCGAGACGCAGCAGGAGUUUGUGCGCGAGUCGCUGCAGCUGCAGAGGGAGACGAUGCACAUACUCCGAGACUUCACCAGUGGGGCCCUGGCCCUCAUGCAUGACAAGCUCAAUGGACGCCCGGCCCUAUAGCCCAGACGUUGCUGCACUAUCUGCCUCCUGUGGAGCUGGACGGGUGUGUUCCUUUACACUGGGUACAAGGUUGUUCCAUUUCUUUCAUUGAGUCAUUUACUCCAGACAUUUUUAGUGGGUUGUGUUCCGAGUUACUGUAUUUUAUAGGAGUAACCCUGUCUGCGUAAAUGUUUAAAUUAUGAACUGUGUGUUAUCCCUCCAAGGGAAAUACAGAAACUCAAAGCAGAAUUAGGGGUUUCUUGCACAAAUUAAGAGCCUAUUUGUUUCUUCCCCCAUUUCUCAGAUCAUUAAAAUUGAGUUAGUUUAAGGCUCAGAGAGAGUCUAAAAUUUGCCUAAUUUUAAAGUGAGGUAAUAAUGUGUAAUGUUUUCUAAAGUGUCCUGUUGUAUCAUGUUGAAAACAGAUUCUAUCUGAUAAACAUGUUAGAGCGAUAGGGCCCCGUCAUUUGUAAAGGUGGGCAUACUUCUUGAGAUUAUGGACUGAUUUCUGUAUGUUCAUUUUUUAUGUGAGACAGUUUUAAAUGAAUUCUCCUUUUGUCUACUAUGUUGAUGUAGUCUCCUUAUGUACUAUUGUACGGAGAUAUUGUAGAACAUGUAAAUAAAUAUGAUUGAUAACUGCUGUAAA